AUGGCAACUGCACACCACCCUCGGAAGCUAUGCGCUCCAUGCAGCGCCCUGACGUUUACCAUGCUUCGAGACGGCUAUACUCACCUAUUGACUUAUAGGGAAACCAUCAAAUCCGGGGAAACAUGCGCAUUAUGUCGAUUGAUGAUUUACUCAACUGGCAAGCUUUCCGUCAAUCUUGAGUCCUAUAAGGUGCAUUAUCAGUAUAACUCGUUGGCUCCAAGAUUACCCGAACUACUAGCAGUUUCCAGGGAAGAAAGAAUAACCUCGGGGCUAUCACCAGUCGUCGAAAGGUUAAAACCAUUGGCCGAGUUGCACUGGAGCACGAACCAAUAUAUUUGUGACCUCAAGAACAACUGGGAGGCAAGAAAAGGAAACUUCAACGAUGGUGAGACCAUCCAGAUUACAGCUCCAGCAGAUGACGAGUCUGAUUGGUCGCAAGAGUCCCGUAUGAUGGGAACUAUAUUUAAAGAGGCUAGUUGCACUAUCGCCGCUGUCGAUUCUGUGGAUGACGUUGGGGUCGACCACGGAUUGUUUUUACCACGAGACACCGAUCCCCUGUCAUUCGUUUACUCACGAUUCCUUACAAGAAAGAACCUCUCGAACAAGCUCUCCUGGUCUUGCUUAACCGAGAGUGGCGAGGAGGAGGGCGGUGAUCCCACACUGGCUGACAGGUUACCUCUGAUUCCGAUGCGCAGAGGAAGUGAUCGUUCAAUUUUCAGCAUUUGGGAAUCUAUCAUUUCAGAAUACCAACGCUGCCAGCUGACGUUUAGCAAAGAUAGAUUGGCCGCUAUUCGUGGUAUUUCUGCUCGGCUAGAAGCCCAAAUCUCGUGCAAGAUCUAUGCCGGAAUCCUGUCCCAAUCGCUUGGCGCCUCGGCGGAGAAUUUGCUCUGGUAUGCCAGUAAGGCACCUUUGGGUACCUUUAACGAGUUCCAUGCGCCGUCAUGGACCUGGGUUGCUUUUGAUGGCGAGAUAUCGUUCUUCAUGCCAACACCAUGUGGAACUAGCGAACUUUUGAUAGACAGGCUAGACUUCAAGAUUCGUAAUCAGUGUGAGUCGUUGGACCCAUCCAGGGAUUGCAAAGGAACUUGUGUAUCUGGGAGUGUUUCCUUCGGAGGUCCGACCGCAAAACUCACUCGGGGAGGCAAGUUGAAGGAUUUAAAAAUUGCUGGAGGUUCAAUUGAUCCAAUUAGCGAAAGAGAGAUAUUGGCUAAAAUUAUAGGCUAUACUCUGGUGCCAGGUAUCAGCAUACCUCGGUUUGACGAAUUGGGAAACAUGGUUCGAGUGCCAUAUAACCCGCCAGUACCUGAUCACACAGAGAUACUGGAAGAUGAAUGCGGCUGCAUUAUCGGGUUUUUUAUACCAGACCUCGAGGAAGAGCUGGAACAGGCUUUAGGUGAGCAACAAAUCAUAUGUGUGGGCGUAAAGCGCUAUCAGGACCAGCAUGGGCAACAGAACGACACUAUAGAGAUCAUCGGACUCCGUGAGAUACGUCAUUCUCCAAUGAUGUUUCGGAGGUUAGGAAAAGGCAGAGUCGUGUGCAACGCGUGGUUACGGAAGUGCAUACGAUUAUUAUUUGAGAUAUGUUGA